AUGAUACCAGAAUUAGGGCGAGGCCACACGGACCAGGUCAGGGUCAAAGAGACCAGGCCAGGGCCACAGAGACCAGGCCAGGGCCACAGAGACCAGGCCAAAGAGACCAGGCCAGGGCCACAGAGACCAGGCCAGGCCACACGGACCAGGCUCAGCCCAAAGAGACCAGGCCAGCCACAGAGACCAGGGGCCAGGGCCAUACGGACCAGGUUUGGGGUCAAAGAGACCAGGCCAGCCACAGGAGACCAGGCCAGGCCACGGGACCAGGCUCAGGGGUCAGCAGACCGUGGCCAGGGCCACAGAGACCAGGCCAGGGCCACACGGGACCAGGUCAGGGGUCAAAGAGACCAGGCCAGGGCCACAGAGACCAGGCCAGGGCCACACGGACCAGGCAGGGUCAAAGAGACUAAAAGCCAGGGGGCCACACGGACCAGGUCAGGGCCACACGGACCGGGUCAGGGUCAAAGAGAUCAGGCCAGGGCCACAGAGACCAGGCCAGGGCCACAGAGACCAGGUCAAGAAUAUGUACACCAAGCAAGGGCCUUAUAA